AUGGAUUCUGAAGUUAAGAACGCAAAUGGUGCAAACGAAAGCUCAUUUCCUACCACUCUUCUUUUCAGUGUCAAGGAUCGAGUGGGUAUACUGAUCGAAUGUUUGACAGCUAUUAAGACUUUGAAUAUUUCUUUAACUAGGAUUGAAAGUCGUCCAAGUAAAACCCCCGGCUGGGACUAUGAUUUCUUUAUUGAUUUUGGUGCUGAUGAGGAACAACUUUCUAACACAAUCAAAUCUUUGGAAAAAGUUACAAAGCAAGUUAAAGUCAUUAAUACCGGGGCUACUCAAGUAACACCGGUAGUGCCGUGGUAUCCACGUAGAAAGACUGAUCUUGACACAUUUGCUGAUAAAAUUUUAGCGAUGGGCGAAGAACUUGACGCCGAUCAUCCGGGCGCGUUAGAUCCGGUUUACAGAGCACGUCGUACUGAGAUUGCUCAAAUCGCUAAAUCUCAUCGUCAUGGCCAACCAAUUCCCAGAAUUGAAUACACUAAACAGGAAAUUGAAACCUGGGGUGUGGUUUUUCGUG